AAAAGUUCAUUGCAUGUGGCUAAUAUACAAAUGUAGAGGACAUCAGCGCCCGGCAGAUGCAAGACGGAAAAAGCACAUAUAAACAGAAGAAGAUUGUCUAAGCCGUAAACUGAACCAACUAUUCUGUGAUGGAAUGAGAAAAGCAUCAGCACAGAGUCCAAGACAGCAUGAGGUAAAAGACAACAAAAAUCAGAUGGCCGUUGAAACUGAACUUUAUGAUGUCUUGGGUCUUUCUCCCGAAGCUAGUGAUGGCGACAUAAAAAAGGCAUAUAGAAAAAAAGCGAAGGAACAUCAUCCCAACCCUAAUGACCCUCAAGCAGCCCAAAAAUUCCAGGAAAUGGCGGCCGCAUACGAAAUCCUAAGUGACCCAAACACGAGGGAAAUAUACGAUUCCCAUGGCAUGGGUGGACUUGCAGGCCCAGGGGGCGGCGGACCUGGCAUGGACCCAGCAGAAGCCUUCGCAGAGUUCUUCAGUGGCGGUAAUACGUUCUUCGAUUUUGGAUCCGGCGCUGGUCCAGGUGUUCCUCGGCGUCAGAAAGGCGAAGAUACCGUUAUUCCCUAUGAUGUGACAUUGGAAGACCUCUACAAUGGCAAGUCCGUCAAGAUGAACAUGGAAAAGGAAAUCCUCUGCGGUACCUGCAAGGGUUCUGGUGCACGAGGUAAUGCGAAGCCAAAACAGUGUGCAACAUGCGAGGGUAAGGGCUUUAGCUUUGUCCAGACACAGAUUUCAUCAUCUCGAUUUGGGGUGACAAGGGCAAAAUGCUCGGAUUGUGAUGGAGCAGGUGAGAAGCUGCGUGAAAAAGAUCGAUGCAAGAAGUGCAAAGGCGAAAAAACAGUUAAAGAAAAAACGCGUCAGGAGAUUUUUGUUGAAAAAGGCAUGAAUGAUCGGCAACGCAUUGUGCUUGCAGGUGCUGGUGAUCAAGAACCUGGCAUUCCUGCGGGCGAUGUAAUAUUCGUCCUCAAAGCUGCCACACAUGACUCAUUUGAGCGUUCUGGCAAUGAUCUGCUGACUCGUGUCACGAUCACGCUAUCUGAAGCUCUUCUUGGCUUUUCGCGGAUACUGAUUACACAUCUGGAUGGGCGAGGUAUACAUGUGUCCAGUCCUCCCGGAAAGGUCAUCAAGGUCGGCCAAACUAUUGUAUUGCGAGGCGAGGGCAUGCCAGUGUAUAAAGGCCAAGACCAACGGGGAAAUCUAUAUAUAGUCAUAAAUAUCGAAAUGCCCGACGAACAGUGGUUGCGAAGCGUCGAUCGGAAGGCUGUUGAACAACUGCUUCCACCGAAGAAGGCGGAAAUGGAUCCUCCCCCAGCCAUAAUAGACGAGGCUCCGUAUGAAGAGAGUGAUAUUGUGGAAUUCGGCGAGGGUAAUGAAGACGACUGGGAGGAUGACGACGAUCCUUAUGGAAACCCCAUGGGCGCGGAACCAGAAUGCAGACCCCAAUAAGCUGUUCUAUCGUAAAAUUAAUGGGACUACGGGCGGCCUGGUUUGUUUUGCAUUUUCACUGAUCAUAACCCCCCUCAACAUUUUCAGCUCACAUUUUGCCUCCUUUUGCUUCACGGAUGUAUCAUAUUCACCUUGCUUUGCAAGUGCUAAUACAUGUUUUU